AGAACCUUUGAAAACAGAGAUCAUUGUGUCGGGUUCACUUGAACUAAAAUAAUGACCCAAUUUCAUAUGGCAAAUUCAAGUCUUCAUUUCCACCCGUUGAGUCUUCACUCCCUACGUCAACAAAGAUUGACCUGACCCACUAUUGAAAAAGCACUUGCUUAGAGACCAGGAAUUUUAAAAAAAACAUGGACCGUUUCACUCUCACUGUGCUGUGUUUCAGUACAUUUUAUUGUUCUCAAGGUACUCAAGGAUAUGAGGUUGACGACAAAAUCGUCGGAGGAACCGAAGCCGUACCAAAUUCCGUCAAAUUUAUGGUAUCCGUUCAAUUCAAACUUGAUGGAUUCCAUUUCUGUGGGGGUUCCAUCGUCAAUGAACGAAAUGUCGUCACUUCCGGCCAUUGUUGUCAAACCGUAACUCCGGAGGAAAUUCAGAUUGUGGCUGGAGAGCAUUCGCUCUCGGAAGUGUCUGGAAACGAACAAGUUUGCCCAGUCCGAGAACUUCUCCUGCAUGAGAAAUACAAUGCGUUUGACUUUGAAAAUGACAUUUGUCUGCUUGUCUUGGAUAAAAACAUCGUUUACAACGACCUGGUUAAUCGCGCCAGUAUUGCGACUGACGAUUCGUCACUAAAGCUCACCGCCUCGGUUUAUGGUUGGGGAGCCACUUCCAAUGAAGCCAUGGCUAACUCCGAGGUUCUCAUGAAAGUCGAUGUUCCCAUUCUUAAGAACGAGGAUUGUGCUCAAUCGUAUGGGAAUGGCGUGAUUCAUGAUUUCAUGUUGUGUGCUGGAGCUGAUGGUAAAGAUUCCUGCAAACGAGACACGGGAUCUCCCUUGGUUUGUCAGAAUGCCGUGGAUGAACAAGUAUUAUGUGGAACAGCAUCUUUCGGCUAUGAUUGUGGGCAACCAGGUUUUCCUGGUGUUUACAUGCGGAUUUCCAGCUUCAGCGAAUGGAUCAAUGAAAAUAUUCAAUGAUCCUGCGGAUCGACGAGGUUGCAUACAAACGAAAUGGUUAAAACGGAUUCACGAAACCUAGUAAUUUUACCUUGAGCAAGUUUAUUGUGUGCUGUUUUAUUGUAUAUAAAGCAGAUUGGACAAUCA